CAGAUCUGUCUGCUCUCAGUAGGAAGAGCAAUAUAUGGCUGCUUAAAGAGGAGCAAAAGAGGAAGAAGAAGGGGGAGACCAUAGUCCCUUUCACCUGACGAUGCACUAGUGCUCUAAGGAAAGGAAGACCAAGAGGAAAAUGGAAAACACAGCACAGGACACAGCCAACAUGACGAGCGAAGAGGUUCUGUGUAGCCCCGUCGACCACAAGACCAGAAAGCGCCCUGGCUUCUCCAAUCUCAAACUGUUUAUUGUAGCGCUUUCCUUCGCCUAUUUCUCCAAAGCCCUGACAGGAACCUACAUGAAGAGCUCCAUCACUCAGAUAGAGAGGCGCUUUGACCUCUCCAGCACACACAUCGGUCUCAUAGAUGGCAGUUUUGAGAUGGGCAACUUGUUGUUUCUAGCUGUGGUCAGCCAUUUUGGGGCUAAGCUGCACCGACCCAGACUCAUCGCUGCGGGCUGUUUCCUCAUGGCUGUGGGGGCAUUUCUCACUGGCCUCACACAUUUCUUCAUGGGACGGUAUAAGUAUGACACGGUGAUUCAGGUCUUUCAGAAUGACAACCUGAGCAUUGCUGCCUGUGUGGAUCCUCUGAAAACACUAGAUCACGUGCCAGAAAUUCAAAUAGAGCCUUCGUUGGAGGACAAUAAAGCCUGUGUGAGAGAUUCUGGUUCCAGCAUGUGGAUCUACGUAUUCCUGGGGAAUGCUCUGCGGGGGAUUGGAGAAACUCCAGUCACACCUCUUGGCAUCUCCUACAUCGAUGACUUUGCUAAGGCGGAAAACUCCCCUUUUUAUAUUGCUUGUCUCCAGACCAUUACUCUCCUGGGUCCCAUGUUUGGCUUCCUUUUGGGUUCCUAUUGUGCCAGACUAUAUGUUGACAUUGGAUAUGUUGAUAUGGAAAGUGUGACCAUCACUCCUAAAGAUUCCCGCUGGGUGGGUGCUUGGUGGAUGGGUUUUCUUGUGUCCUCUGGCCUUCUGCUUAUCUCCAGCAUUCCCUUCUGGUUUCUGCCCCGUUCGAUGCCCAAGCAGGAGAGUGAAGAAAACCAUGAAACUCCAGUCUGCGAGAUCCUUAACAAGACAGAGGAUGCGCAAAGCAACAACCAAAACUUCAAGCUGACUGAAAUUGCCAAAGGGUUCCUUCCAUCAUUGAGGCAUCUGUUAGGAACUCCUGCUUACUUCCUGCUUCUUUGCGGGAACAUCCUGAAGUUCAAUGCAUUCAUCGGUCUACUCACCUUUAAAGCCAAAUACAUGGAGCAACAGUUUGGACAGUCUGCAUCCAGGGCAAACUUCCUCAUAGGUGUCCUGAACCUGCCAGCAGUGGCAAUAGGGAUCUUCCUCGGAGGGCUGCUGAUGAAGAGGUAUAAGCUGAGUGUGGUAUCAGGAGCUAAGCUUUCCUUUGCAACAUCCUUUAUGUCCUAUCUCCUCAUGCUGCUGCAGUUUGGCACCAAGUGUGAUAACAUACCCAUAGCGGGGCUCACUGUAUCGUACAACGGGACAAAAGGUGUAUUGUACAGCAGAGAAAUGCUCUUCUCUGAGUGUAACAGGGACUGCUUGUGUUCAGCAGAGGAGUGGGACCCCGUUUGCUCAGAUAGCGGCAUCACUUACAUCUCCCCAUGCAUGGCUGGCUGCCUCAGCUCCAGCGGACACGGCAAAAACACCGUCUUUCACAACUGCACCUGUGUGUCCACCUCCUUUCCAGCAGGCAGCAGUACAUCAGUGAGACUGGGCCAGUGCCCUCAUGCCAAGGACUGCAGCCGAAGCUUCACUUCCUAUAUGGCCAUAUCUGUUCUCAGCUCCUUUAUCAAUGCUCUGGGAGCCACACCUGGCUACAUGGUCAUUAUACGAUGCAUCACACCCGAGCUCAAAUCCCUUGCUCUGGGUAUUCAGACCUUGGUAACUAGGACUCUUGGUGGAAUUCCUGCACCGGUGUAUUUCGGCGCUUUGAUUGAUUCAACUUGCCUUAAAUGGUCUAUGAAGAGUUGUGGCGGUAGGGGGGCAUGCCGUAUUUACAACUCUGAUAUGUACAGGAUCAUUUUCCUGGGUUUGAUCACUUGUAUCAGUGGCUCCUCUUAUUUUUUCCUCAUUGCUGUCAUCAUCCUUCUCAGACGCCAGUUCCGAAAGCCAGAGAAGGACACAGACAAGCAGGAGCAAAAAGCAUCAAAGGAUUUUGAACUAAAGACGCCAUUAAACCUCACUGAGGAGAUUAGAGCCAGUCCUGAAACUCCCAACUUACCCAGUGCUACAAAAAUUUGGGUGAAAAUUGCUACAGAUUUGGAGGAAGGAGGAGAGGUCCACACAGUAGAACUGCCCCCUCAUAAUGAUGGAGUAAUCUCUACAAAUAAUGCACAGGAGGCUAACUACAUGACAGAUACCUGCGCUGAAGUUAUUCCUCUGUCUUCUGAUGGCACAAACACAGAGAUAGUCCGUAAAGAAUCCAUCGGACACAAAGUAAUAGAGAAGCAGGACGAUCACAUUGAUGACAAGAGCAAAUUGGAGAAAGAGAGGCAGCAACUAAACUGAUGGACCACAUAAAGACUGUGUUUAGCAGAGUGGUCUCCAACACAAAAUCAAACUGGAAUAGAUGGAACAAGUCCCAAAGUUUGGUCAAAAUAUAAUUUUCCUGUUAAGAGGGACUACUUUCAGGACAAUGUCACGGUUAAUGCUAAUAGUAUUUUCCAUCCUUUUUUUUUUUUUUUUGCAGGAUGCAGCUAUUAUAAUCAGUGUUGGGUGUGAAACGUAACAAAGUAAAAAGUCCUUAGAUAAAAAUUUGGGGGGGGUGUUGUUUUUCAGUUCACAAUCUCAAUUAGGUACUUUUUAAAUAUUUAAAAGUACCUAAUUAAAUAUUUCCUGUUUUGUUUCACAAUAUUUUUGGCUCCUUAUAACUCAUUAGCAUCCAGCUACAUACUGGAAUGUAACCAGUUGUAGAGCUCAGCCAGCAUGAUUGUGCAUAUGACAACAUUUAUAUUGCAGAAGAAUUUGAAUUACUGUGUACCACAGUUAUAUUUAUUGUCUGUCAGCUGCUAAGGAGCUGUGCUUCAUGUUUUGAAGUAAUCUGCAAUCAAAGUAAGUGGUAAGGCCAGUUGAGAAAGAGACUGAUGACUGUAUGUGGCAUGAAUGAUGGACCACAUUAUAACACUCAUUAGCACACACUUUCCUGGUUGUUGUUCGAACACUCUCGCGGUUGCAUCUUCUCAGCUCCCAGCCGCCCAUACACCAACAACAACACCAUUCAGGAGCCAGUUCACUCUCAUAUGCCAGGGAGGCUUGAUGACCCAAUGCAAGUCAGGUGUGUCCGCCUCCCCGCAGUCGUGCUCCACCACACUCUGCUUCUCCAAAACUUCAGCUAAAGCUUGCUCUACGAGGGAAAUUAACAAGCUUGAUGCUGGUUCUGUGGAACUGAAGAUGAUGCUGUCAACAUGCUAAUCAAUGAAGUAAAGUCAGUACAGUAGACUACAAGCCCUCUGGACGUAUAACCAGCAUGCUGUAUGCAAAAGGGGUUUUAUUUUUUGUUUUUAUUUUUUUAGGUAAUGCUUUAAUGUAACAGAUUACUUUUUACAUCCAGUAAUCUUUUAAAUUUACAUGCUAUUUUUAAAAGUAAUGUUACCCAACACUGGUUAUAUCACGCUUAAUCCUGCGAAGAAAGAGCGCUACCAGUGUCCACAUUUGUAGAAACAGUCUCUGGAACAAAAAUGGAGUUGUGCUGAUGUAUGUAUGUGAUCACAUGACCGCUUUGCAAGGUCCCAGAAUGAAAAAUUUUAUAGAUUACUUCAACUUCUUGAAAAAAAAGUUUUUUUGUGUAAAUAAAUGGAUGUUUGAA